CAGUUCAGGGAAAUGGCAGCACUGGUUUCGCGAACGUAAACAUCCGAACUUUCACCGAACGUCAACGAAACGAACCGAAAUGUGAUUUAGAUUUUAUCACACAUGUGCUUUUAAAAUACGUGUUUUUCGUUUCACAGCUCGAAAUGGAUACGUCAGAUAAGAUGGAUACCGAAAACGAAAACACCCAAGAUAAAACUGUCUUGGUGCAAAUCAAAUCGGAAAACGGAGACGUAGUCGGCGAUUUUCUAGAUCUACCUCGUACAAUUACCUCGAAACAAUUACAAUUAAUAUGUAACGCUUUACUGCAAAAGGAAGAGCAAACUUCGUACGCAUUCUUCGUCAACGAACGAGAAAUCACCAGCACUUUAGAUAACGUAUUAGAUAUCGAGAAACUAAACACCGAACAAGUAAUCGAUAUCAUCUAUCAAGAACAAGCUGUAUUCAAAGUACGACCAGUAACAAGAUGUACCAGUUCACUUCCCGGUCACUCCGAACCAGUACUUUCAACUCAAUUUAGUCCCGACAGUCUCAAGUUAGCCAGUGGAUCUGGAGAUUGUACGUUAAGAUUAUGGGAUAUCCAAACUCAAACACCUUUACACACUUGUUCCGGACAUAUUCGUUCGGUAUUAUGCAUAGCAUGGUCACCUGAUAGUAAAUACGUAGUCUCCGGUUGUGAGAAUGGCACGAUCAUGUCUUGGAAUCCAACCACCGGUAAAAGAAUAGCUCCUGUGAUGACCGGUCAUAAGAAGUGGAUCACUGCAUUGGCUUGGGAACCGUAUCAUUUAAAUCCUACCUGCAGAAGAUUUGCUAGCUCCGGUAAAGAUGGCAAUAUUAGAAUAUGGGACGUAGUAUUGGGUCAUUGUUUACGUGUAUUGAGCAGCCAUACACAAAGUAUCACUUGUAUCAAAUGGGGUGGUUCGGGUUUAAUAUAUUCUAGUUCUCAAGAUCGUUCUAUUAAAGUUUGGAGAGCCGAAGAUGGUGUUUUAUGUCGAACAUUACAAGAUCAUGGCCAUUGGGUUAAUACGUUAGCAUUAAAUACAGAUUACGCGAUGCGAACAGCUGUGAUAGAUUUCUUAGGAAAAGGUACGUGUAAAUUUUUCACCCUAUUCGAUCGAAAUAAUCCGUUUUCAUCUAGCUUUUUCUAUUUUUUCGUAGAAACCGAUCCCAUGAAAAUUGCCACUACCAAAUAUAACGAGGUUAUCGAACGAACCGGCUGCGAAUUAUUAGUUUCCGGCUCAGACGAUUGGUCGUUACGAUUAUGGACCCCUGAAAAGGAGAAGAAAUCCAUCGCUACGAUGACCGGUCACCAGAAAUUAAUCAACUGCGUUCAAUUCUCACCGGAUGCUCGAUUAAUAGCCUCAGCCUCGUUUGAUAAAUCGAUUAAACUAUGGGAUGGUAAAACUGGACAGUUCUUGGCUACGUUGAGAGGGCACGUUCAAAGCGUUUAUAUGAUAGCUUGGUCUUGCGAUUCUAGGCUCUUGGUGAGUGGUAGCGCUGAUUCCACGUUGAAAGUAUGGGAUAUGAAAGAGAAGAAAUUAAUGUUCGAUUUACCUGGUCACGCUGACGAAGUAUACGCUGUUGAUUGGUCUCCCGAUGGUCAGAAAGUCGUAUCUGGAGGAAAAGACAAAUUAUUAAGAUUAUGGCAACAUUGAGACUAAGCUUUCAUCGGAAAGUCAGCACCGUCGAGGAGUAAUCGAGAGAAACCUUUUUAUAUUUACAAUUUCUGACAUUGUGCUAUUUUAACAUUUUUGUUGGAAUGUUUUCCCCCGAAAAUUUAUAUAAGCUUAUUUUGUGAGCAAAACAUAAAUUUUCAACCAAG